GUGUUGGAGGCGUACUCAAGAGUUACCUUGGCGAUUGUUAUCGCACCCUGGGGAUUCUGUUGGCUCAGAUGCGGUGCGACACAAUCUAUAAGCAGCGGAAACCAUGCGUCUGUACGAUGACAAAUUCAGAAUGCAGUGCCACAUCACGAGCGGGGUAUCUGGCCCCUGGGGACAAAUCUUUAAUCCCUGUCGAAAUCUGGGCCGUGCCGUGCAUGAUUUAGGAUCUUGCCCCGAACCAAACAAGGAAGUCACAAUCCUACAACUCGAGCUCAUCCCCAGCUGGGUUUUGAGAUAGUUACCACGCCAAUUGCAAUCAUGACCAAGCCGACGAAAGCACCCGAGACGGGUCCCGACAUCGCCAUCCUCGGAGCCGGCAUUGGCGGUCUUGCUCUCGCCAUCGGCUUGAUCAAGCGCGGCCUGUCCGUCACGAUCUACGAGGCAGCCGAUGCCUUCUCUACAUUAGGCGCAGGAAUUGGUUUUGGGCCCAACACCCUGAACGCCAUAAGCCUCAUCGAUGAACGGUUCCGCGAGCAGUACAACAAGGUCAAAACCGAGAACGAGAGGCCCGAGUUCGAGCACAGCAUCUUCGACGCUUUGUACGCAGAAGAUGGCUUCGGCGAGAAGAGAGGCUGGACCAGCGGAUUCGUCGGAGCACCGUAUUUUACGAGGAGCAGCGCGCACCGAAAAGAUCUACUGGAGAUUAUGACGAGCUUUAUCCCGUCUGAGACCGUGAGGUUCGGCAAACGUGCGAUAACCAUCGAAGAGGUGGAAGACAAGGUCAAAAUCGUCUUCGAAGAUGGAGAGGUUGUGUUUGCUGAUGCGGUCGUUGGCUGCGAUGGAGUAAAAGGCAUUACUAGGGAAGCCGUACUAGGAGCCAUUGCGCCAGAGGAGGUUCCACUAAAAUACCUUGGCAUGUAUUGCUAUCGCGGCAUCAUUCCAAUGGACAAGGCGAAAGAAAUUCUGGGGAAACAUGCCGGAGACGCAAAGUGGUUCCUGGUAAAGGGCAGGGGCAUGGUUUUGUACCCAAUUUCCAGAGGAAAGGAAGAGAACUUCGUCUUCUUCGUCAAAGACGAUGAGCCUUGGACGCAAGGGGACUCAGCAGUACCUUGCACCAAGGACGAUAUGAUCAAAGACUUCGCCGAGUUUGAUCCCCGACUCCAGAAACUUCUAGACUGGUCGAAACCGCUCCGCUGGCCGAUCUGGCACCAUCCCGAUACCUCCACCUACUACAAUGGCCGGAUAUGCCUUCUCGGCGACGUCGCUCACGCCUCGAGUCCGCAUCAGGCCGCGGGCGCAGGGCAAGGAUUGGAAGACGCUGUCGUGCUGGCUCACUUGUUGUCUCUGGUCAAAGACCCUUCCCAACUAGAGCACGCUUUCAAAGUGUACGACUCGAUCCGCCGACCCCGAGCGCAGAAGGUCGUGGCUACCAGCCUUGAAGCCGGGAUCAUCUACCUCUGGCUCCACCCGGAGAUAGGCAGCGACAUGGAGAAGAUCGUAGAACAGGCCAACCAGAGGUUUCACUGGAUAUGGCAGCACGAUCUUUCAUCAGAUCUUGAGAAAGCCGAGCUUGAGUUUUCCAGGUUGGUGGUUGCGCAGCAAAAAGAGGAUCGUUUUGCGAACAACGGUGGCAGCAGAGUAAGCUGAAUCUGUUACUUAACAGGGCGCGAGAAUCGCGAAAGGGUUCUAGCAACUGUGAUUGGCUUGGCCGAUAUUUUGCAGAAUGCCGUAGCUCUUGCGAAAUAUGCACGAACUUUACUCAGCUGCAUGAUAUCCACUCGGUUGGUAAUUUUCCCACCAAACAGUGAGUCCAAGCCGCGCGUUUUACAGGGCACGUUUCCCUGAUCACCUACAGCGGGAAGGAUAUCCAUGGAUCAUGCUCAGUAAGUCGGUGAGAUGGCCAAGAACAGCCCAUUGAGCCAAGCUUCCGAGAGAUGUGCAGGAUGUG